AUGUUGCAUUUCUCUCUAGGCAUAAAACCAAGAAUUACUCUCUUAGGAUCUAUCAUCACUCUCUGCCUAGUCGGGGCAAUGGAUUCCUCAUUAAAUAAGGAAUCAGAGGUGCUAUCAGAUUCAUUUCUUCUGAGCAGCAUUAAUGAAGCCAGGCAGCUGGUAGACACAGCAUAUUUACAUGCUCGACAAAGCUUAAAGAGAAAACUAGAGGAAAAGUUUGCCAACCCAAUGGAUUUCCUGAAGCACUUAAAGGACCCAAUAGGAAGAACCAGGUCUGCAGUUCGUGCUGCCGAUUACUUGGAAACUACUUUGAAACUCCUCAAAAUAAGGCUGCAUAUCUCUGGGAAAUGGAGAUUCAAUGUUACAGACCUACUGGACAGAAAACAGAAGGAGGUGAUUUCCAAAGAAACUGGCUGUGACUAUCAAAUUCGUUCCAUUAAAUGCCCAAAGCAUGAUAUUUACCGGACCAUUACGGGGGAGUGUAACAACAGAAGGCAUUCCCAUCUGGGGUCCUCGAACCACGCGUUUGCCCGCUGGCUCCCAGCGUUGUAUGAAGAUGGAGUGUCAGUUCCCAGAGGGGCGAGUGAAGGAAAGCUGUACAAUGGGUUUCCACUCCCGCUGGUUCGAAAAGUGUCAAAUGAAAUUGCUUACACAGCCAACGAGAACAUCACUCAAGAUGAAGAGCUCUCUCUUGUCUUCAUGCACUGGGGCCAGUGGGUCAACCACGACAUAGACUUGACCCCUGCCAGCGGUGCAGGAGUGAACCCGGAGCUUCACUGUGAGACCCACUGUGCCUUCAAGUCCCCUUGCUUCCCAAUUAAGUUUCCCCCUGACGACCCACGGAUGCUGAGGUCAAACUCUUGCAUGCCGUUCAUCCAGUCAGCAUCCGUGUGCAAUCCCGGGACGUUCACCCGUGAGCAGAUCAAUGCUGUCAGCUCCUUCCUCGAUGCCAGCACGGUGUACGGCAGUGAAGACUCUGUGGCAAAGAGUAUUAGAAAUCAGACAAACCAGCUAGGUUUGAUGGCUGUGAACCAGAAUUUUACUGAUGCGGGGCUGGAAUUAUUGCCCUUUGAGAAUAAAAUGAAAAGUGUUUGUGUUCUCACCAACAAGAGUGCAAACAUCCCCUGUUUUAAAGCAGGUGACAAACGGGUAACUGAAAACCUGGGACUUUCUGCACUGCACACUGUCUUUCUACGAGAGCACAACCGCCUGGUUACAGAGCUGAAGAAAUUAAAUCCUCACUGGGAUGGAGAAAAGCUUUACCAAGAGAGUCGGAAGAUUGUCAUCGCCAUAAACCAGAUAAUAACAUACAGAGAUUACCUUCCACUUCUGCUUGCAGAGGAAACCAGCAAGUGGAUCCCUUUGUACAGUGGCUACAAUGAGACUGUGGAUCCUAGAGUUUCAAAUGUUUUUUCCCUGGCUUUCCGAUUUGGUCAUACGUCAGUACAACCUUUUGUAUCCCGUUUGAACAACAGUUUUCAGCCUUUGGGUUCGUUCUCCCAUGUCCCACUUCAUUUGACCUUUUGUGCUACGUGGAGAAUUAUAAAGGAAGGUGGCAUUGACCCACUGAUCCGGGGCAUGGUAGCUAAUCAUGCAAAAUUGAUGAAACAGAAUCAACUGCUUGUUGAGGAGCUCCAGAACCACCUUUUUGAACAGACAGAGAUAAUGGGUCUGGAUCUAGCAGCCCUGAACAUGCAACGGGGAAGAGACCAUGGACUUCCAGGUUACAAUGCCUGGAGGCGCUUCUGUGGGCUCUCCCAACCUCAAAAUGUAGAUGAAUUGUCUGAAGUGCUAGGCAAUUCCAAACUGGCCAAGAAAUUCAUGGACUUGUAUGGGACACCGGACAAUAUUGACCUCUGGAUUGGAGCAAUCGCAGAGCCCUUUGCUCCCCAUGGCAGAGUUGGACCCCUCCUGGCCUGCAUCAUUGGCACCCAAUUCAGGAACCUGCGUGAUGGGGACAGAUUCUGGUGGGAGAAACCAGGAGUUUUCACUCAGCAGCAGUUGCAUGCACUGAGAAACAUCUCACUGCCAAUGGUGAUCUGUGAUAAUACUCGUAUCAAAAAGAUACCCAGGGAUGUGUUCAAGGUCAACAGUUAUCCUGAGAACUUCGUUGACUGCCAUGAGAUCGACACACUGGACCUCUCACCCUGGAAAGAUGAGCCUGAGAGUGGCGCAAAAGGUACACAGUUGUCUGAGGUCUGUCACAAAUCAUAAAUGCCCUACAAGGUCAGACUCUUCUGUGCUUAAAGAAGUAAAAGAAUUAAAUUCAUCACAGUGACUCUGCCCCCCAAAAGACCUUGACCAUCUAUUCAGCCCCACUCAGACACCGCUGGAGGCAGAGGUGGUGUUAGCCUAGUCUCUGUGCAAUCCAUCACCUCAAUCAUCCUUGACUAGCCUGCCUCUUCCUCUUCAACUAGAUGGGAAAUCCCUGAAAAUCCAGUCUGUUCUGGCCCUUGCAAAUGUGUCCUUCUCUAACCACCUUAUUCCAGGGCAGCUGGAGACUUAAUUCACAGGGAGGGUGUCCAUGAAUAAAUCAAUUAGAAAUAGCCAGCCUCUUCCAAACUCUUACUCUGUUGCUCCAAGCCCCUGCUCUCCCCUUGCCUUUCCUAAAUCUUCAAAGCAUUUUAAGGUAUAUCUGGAACUGUUUUGACACUGUAUGGCCUGAUACACCAGCAGUUUAACACACACAGCCAGAGUUUACAACUCUUGAAAGACAUUAAACCAGUGUCUUCAUGUAAGAGAUGUGGACACUAGCUGUGUCCUCCUAGUGACACACUUUUGGCAUGGGCUAUCCCAGUUGAAAAUGAUGUGGAGAGAACAGAGACUUGUAGAAGACAGGUAUGACAUGAGCAGAAUGGACUGGAUUGGAUUUUUUCCUUCUGGCAACCCAUUUACAGAGAAUCACAAUACCUGGGGAUCACCCACUCUGUCCUUCUGCAAGGCACAGGCCACAAAGCAUCUCGUGAAGUUCCUGUAUUGAGUUUGAUUAACUGUACUUGAGAGAGACACUGUUAAGUCAUUUGCACUUGAUGCAAAGGCUAAAUUACAGUGACUUCACCCCAUUCUUUAGGAUCCAAGUCCAGCAGAUGCUCACCUUCUCUCUCAACAAUAGAGACUUCCUGAUUUCUUUUAUUAACUUAGUCUUAUGGUCACUUAAAUUUACUGAGCCACUUCCCAUGGCUCUUUUAUCACCAGGCUGUGGGGCAGCUGCACUGUGACUGCAUAACCUAGAGAGAGUGAAAUUCCAGGGUGUUAAAAAGCAGCUGCUGAAAGUUUAACCUUUUUGAGUGUCAAGAAAUUGCCCCAGAAACACUCAUCCAAAGGGAUGCCUGAUACUGGGUCUCCAGAGGUACCUUUUGAUAGGGCUGGAGGCACCGCAGUGUCUCAGAGGUACAAGGAUACAGGGAUGAGCUGGUAUGCAAUUACCCAUUCACCACUGCCUAUCUUAAGCUAUGGAGUCAAAUAAAACUGUAGGGAGAAAUACUGUGCUCAGGAAAGACUUUCUGCCACUCACUCAGUAGCUUUUUCUGCUUCAUUGACAGUUUCCAAUCCUGCUCAUCAGACCAGCACUGGAAACUCCUAACGGUGGCAGUGAGCUGCUCUUGGGAAACUGCUGCCUGUACAUCAGGCUCAGCUGACUGCUGUUGACUGAACCUCAGCACAUGAUUUCCCAGAGAGGAGCUGAAGACUAUGUCUGCUGGUUUAUUUGCUGUACUGUGAUUUUUUCUGUAAUUUAUUUGUGAAAGCUUCCAGUAAUGUAAGUCUUCAGAUAGAAGGGUGAUUGCAUUUUAUUGUCUGUUGUCCUAAAAAAAAAGUGUUUAGAGGUGUGCAAGGCUUGGUUAGGUGCUGGAUGCUUUAUAACUCUCUAAAGGCACAAUCGAGACAAAUUUUUUUACUUACUGUCCUGAAUGGGUGUCAAAUCUGGAAGCUGGUGUGCUUGAAUUUCAAAAUCAAAUUCCUUAUCCUUUGUACCUGCUCAGAAAUUAGCAAGUUCAUGUAAACUUUAUCAAAACUUUCCUUAUCUCCUUGUUUUGCACAAGAGCAUAAACUGCUCAGGCUGUUUCUAAUUAGCAGUGCGAUUUCAGUCUUUGAAGAGCCUGGAGAAUGGCAGCUGCAUCUUGAAGCCUAUAAACGUCUUUUAU